GCAUUGAACAAGAAACAAACAACACCUCUCACAACCGACCGGCUGCGCGGCUCUCGGUGCUUUUUCUGCCUCUUCAGCCUCGCACUUGCAUCCCCCGGCGUGCCUUGCUGCACCAUCGCCGUUGUGGCGCUUCCCGCGCUUCGGUUUGCGUCUUAUCUUAUCGCCAACGCGUGAGCUCCGGGUAGCGUUUGAGGCCCGGCGACAUCGCCGCACCACGUCACGACUUCGGCAGAGAGAGGCCGUUUACAAGCGUCUUGGGGCGGUGCCUCCGGACGCGGUGCUGGCACGCAUCGCACCAUACCUGCAACACGUCCUCUUUCCUAAGGAACCUUGGUUCCUUCUUAACCCUCAUAACCGCCAAAACACGACACAAUACCACGGCACCUGAACCACGAAAUGCCCUUCUCAUCGCCCUCUCCCCCCGCCAUAUUUCCCCUCUACCUCUUCCCCUCCCUCCCAUUCCGCCGGCGCUCCUCAACCUCGACUUCCGCCGCCUCACCGCCCUCUCUCUCCAGCUCCCCUUCUAGCACCAUAUCCGCCUCACCACCACGGCCCUCCUACCUUACUGGCUCCUCUUCCCACCUCCGUUGCGCAGGCUGCCUCACAGACCUUUGUCCCACGGCCUCCAUCAUCAGCAAAGGCUUCACUGGCCGCCACGGCCGAGCAUACCUCGUCGCGCCUCCCAGUCCUCCCGUAGCAACCAGCCUGCGUAGCAAGCCGGGAGACUUACCCAAUACGCAUACCCAUAAGGCAGUCCCGAGGCAGCUAGUCACAGGCGCCCACACUGUCUCUGAUAUCAGUUGUGCCCAUUGUGGGACCGUGCUGGGUUGGAAGUACGUCGCGGCAGAUGAGGAAAGCCAGCGGUACAAAGUAGGGAAGUUCAUCCUGGAGACAAAGCGGGUAUGUCGGGCUGUGGAUUGGGAGAGGGAAGAGGACGAGCUAGAAGUGAUCGGCGAGAGUGCGGGGUUUGGAAUUGGGUUGAAAGCGGAGGGGAAAGAGGACGACAUUCAGUUUGAUAGUCAGGACGAGGAUGAGUGCGAGGAUCUAUUUGCAGGAAUAUGGAGCCCACAGUUAGCGAAGAAGAGGAGGCGGAACAGGAAGUUCCUCAACGAAGAGGUUUGAACACGACUCAUACACAUCGGUUUACGGCGCUUUCACCGGAAAUGGGCUUUGCAUGGAUUGGGAAGGUUUGAUUUGGCGUUGCUAGGGACUCAUCUUGGGGCCAGAUCCAUGGUUCCUAACACGACUGACGUGCAUGAUACCCCACCCUACAACUCUUUGGUAAUAUCGUUUUCAUUCAUUUGUUUUGCGUCGAUCUUAAAGCACAUAAUGCAUAAUGGAAACACUGUUUAUACCUCAGACUAGACCCGGCCAACUCAGGAUCUUAAAAUAACAUCAAUGUCGGUAUAUCUGUUUCACGAACCUCGAAGGGCCAAAGAAGUUUCUUUAGAUAGGAAGAAUCUACAAGAAGACGUCAUUCCAACUGUGGGCCCGCGAGAACACGUCUCGUUCACAACAUGCUUAUCGGAUCGGUUUGUUUCCCGUCUACUUGACAGAGGAGAGGGAAUGGUGGUUUACGGGAUCUUACAAAUUCC